AUGUCUUGGUUGUCACCUGUGUCAUGGGCCAAAUGGACGUGGACGGCGGUGCGAGGGGCAGAAGAGGAGGGAAGCGAAGAGAAGGUACAUCAUGGUGAGGAAAGGGAGGAGGAAGAUGAAGAGCAAUCUCAAGGCUGCAGUUCUGACUCUGACGGUCAUUUCGAUACUCCUGAGGCAGCGACUCCCAUCCGUGACCCACCCAUCAUCCCAGGAGAGCUGGAGAAUAACAAGGCUGACAAUAAAACUGAUGCAGAACAGGAUGAACACCUGAUUGUUACAGCUCCAGUCGGGGAUUACAAUAAUUUGCUCUUUCAGAACAUGGGUCAAGAUGAGCCAGCGGUACCCAAGCAAGACCCCAAGCAACUAGAAGCACAACAGAAUGAAAUGGUCAAAUGCACAGUUCCAUGGCCAGAGCCUCCCCAGGAAGAGCUAUUGGUUCCUGAAGAGAUGAAAUGCACAGUUCCGUCUCUAGAAGCCCUACGAGAAGAGAAGCCAUUGGUUCCUGAAGUGGCGAAAUGUAAAGCUCCAUCACCAGAGCCCCCCAGAGAAGAGCAAUUGGUUCCUGAAGUAGUCAAAUGUACAUUUCCAUCGCCAGAACAACCCAGAGAAGAGCCAUUGGUUCCUGAAGUAGUCAAAUGUAAAUUUCCAUCGCCAGAACCACACAGAGAAGAGCCAUUGGUUCCUGAAGUGUUAAAAUGUAAAGUUUCAUCACCAGAACCCCCCAGAGAGGACACAUUGGUUCCUGAAGUGUUAAAAUGUAAAGUUUCAUCACCAGAACCCCCCAGAGAGGACACAUUGGUUCCUGAAGUGAUAAAAUGCAAAGUUCCAUCGCCAGGAUCACCCAAAGAUACAAUUCCUGUAUUGGAGAAUGAACCAGAUCUGAAGCUUGCUCCGGCUUCUUCUCCUGCACCUGCAAAAUCUUCAGUCCUAAUGAGUGAAGCUGUUCCAAGCCCUCUUCUGGAGCGGUCAGAGAAACCUUUUGUUGAUUCAGAACUCCAAAACAGUGGUGUAACCAAAAAAUCUGAAUCUAGCUCAAAAAAUAAAACCCGCAAAUCUAAACCUCCAUCCCUAUCAAUGAAGGAGAUAUCGAAUGAGGAUGCACAAUCAAACGAGGAUCAAGAACUCCCUGUUCCCAAAGCCUCAUACAAAUUUGACCCAGACCAGAUAGAUGACAGUUUUAACCCUUUUACUAGCGGUGGAUCCAAAAUCCAGAACUCUCCACCACCGUGCAGUUCACUAACUUUCUCUAGACCAGAACCGCUCGGUAGCUCUCACAUUGAGGACACUACACCCAGACCAACAGAAGAAUCAACAUCAGACUCAAAACCUGUGAUUCUCGAGUUUGGUCUGGACGAGGGAACGGUCCGUAAACCACCUCCAAAGAAACUCGGAUGUAAAAAAACAACCAGCAAACUCAAGAAACAAAUGAAGCCAAAAGUGUCAGAAACUUCUUGUGAGCCAGCACCAGAACCUCUAGCGUCAGAAUUGGUUUCUGACCCAACAUCGGUUCCAGAGACUAAUGUGCCAGAUUCAGACUCCAAUGUGCCUCUAAACCUGGAUGACAUUCCUAUUCCUAAGAAAGGAACUUACAACUUUGAUCCCAGUCAAUGGGAUGACCCAAACUUCAAUCCAUUUGGGAGCAACAGCACAUUGAAUAAUUCUCCGGGGCUCCCCAAAAGCUCCUACAGUUUCGACCCGGUCAAGUUUGAUGAUUCUGUGGACCCUUUCAAGCCCUCCAACACUUUGAGCAACGAUGAAUUCUCCAGUUGUUCCACUCAGUCUGAGAAAAAAACAAAAGAUGGAAGCAAACAGAAAGCAAAUGAACCAGUUAAGGAAAAGAAAGGGCAACUGAUUCCCAAGAAAAGCAAACAGAUGACAGCCAAGACAUCUGAACAAGCCAAGUUUCUCUGUUUUCUUUUGAAUCCCUGCAAAGUGGACAAACAUGAUGAGAGCCAGUCGCAAAUGCAGGACAUGUGCAAGCAGGAGGAGGAGGAUGUUGUGGUUCACGCCCCGGAGAUCUCACAGCCAGUUCACCAUGCUACUGAUGAGGAGAAGCUGGCCUGCACAGGCAUCAUGGGUCAGAUGACCCAAAAUGAGCACCAGCAAAAAGAAGAUUGUGAAAACAGUAAAGCAUCUCACAAAAAACAGCCAAGUGAUGACAUACCUCAUGAGAGUCAAACAAUAUGUAGCAGCGAAACUGAGGUCCAGUCCCAAGACAAAAUUUGCCUAACUGAGAUUGACAAGGCUGCAGUGUUGACCCUCAUCAGGGAGGAGAUAAUCACUAAAGAGAUGGAGGUGAAUGAGUGGAAAACAAAGUACGAGGAGAGCAGAACGGAGGUUUUAGAGAUGAGGAAAAUUGUUGCAGAGUAUGAAAAGACAGUUGCCCAAAUGAUUGAGGAUGAGCAGGAGCAAAAGACAUUGUCAUGUAGUAAAUCGGUCAGGCAGCUGACUAUGGAAAGGGAUCAGGCUCUGUCUGACCUCAAUUCUGUCGAGCGCUCCUUUGCUGACCUCUUCAGGAGGUAUGAAAACAUGAAAGGGGUCCUGGAGGGCUUCAAGAAGAAUGAGGAGGUCCUCAAGAAGUGCGCACAGGACUAUCUGACACGCAUCAAGCAGGAGGAGCAACGUUACCAAACCCUCAAAGUGCACGCGGAGGAGAAACUAGAUAGGGCCAAUGAGGAGAUUGCUCAGGUGCGUGCAAAAGCCAAUUCAGAGGGUAUCGCACUCAAUGCCAGCCUGAGGAAGGAACAGAUGAAGGUGGACUCACUUGAAAGGGCCGUCCUUCAGAAGAAUCAAGAGAUUGAAGAGCUCACCAAGAUCUGCGAUGAGCUAAUUGCCAAAUUGGGAACGGAGUAG